AUCAGAUACUCAGAGAUUCCUCACCUACGCCCUCUGUCUAAAUAAUUGGGUGCACGCUUUGCUACCAAAAAUUUAGAAAUUAAGAAUUAGUAGGAGAAACAGAUCUUCUUUCUUUCUGAUUCAUCAUCAUAUUCUUCUUCUUCUUCUUCUUCUUCUUCUUUUUUUUUUUUUUUGUUUGUUGGAUUAUUAAUUGUAUGGUUAAAAUAAGUAAGUAAAUAAUAAAGGUAGAGCUUCGUAAUUAAUAUUAUAUAAUGGGGAAUUCGAUGGGCUGCUCUUCGUUCGGGGAGCGGAUGGCGGCGGCGGCACGCGACGGCGACGCGGCGGAGGUGCGGAAGCUGCUGGACGUGAACCCGGGCCUCGCGCGGUCCGCCACCUUCGGCAGCCUCAACUCCCCCCUCCACUUUGCCGCCGCCAAGGGCCACAAUGAGGUUGUUAGAGUGCUUCUGGAGAAUGGCGCAGACGUGAACUCGAGAAACAUAUAUGGACAGACUCCGCUUAUGCAAGCAUGUCGCUGCGGGCACUGGGAGGUGGUGCAGACUUUCUUGCUGUUCAAUAGCAAUGCAUUAAAAGUGGAGUGCGUUAGUAGUCGGACCGCACUGCACUUUGCAGCAGCUGGCGGACACAUAAGAUGCAUCAGACUGUUGGCCGCAAACUUUGCCCCCGACAUUUCUUCUGGAGCAACUGCAGAUUCUAAAGCUGAAAGCAAAGAGGAUGACAGAGGCAGUGCCCUCUCGAGCUUCAUCAAUAAGCCGGCCAGUGGCGGUGUGACAGCGAUUCAUAUGGCAGCUUUAAAUGGCCAUUUCGAGUGCGUGCAUCUGCUUCUGGAUUUGCAUGCUAACAUAGCGGCACAAUCACUUACUUACGCCACAUCAUCCACCGGUUCAAUAGGAGCUGGAAGCACUCCUCUGCAUUAUGCCGCUUGCGGGGGGAAUUUCAAGUGCUGCCAGGUUCUUCUUGCUAGAGGUGCGAGUAGAUUGGCGGUGAAUUGUAAUGGGUGGCUUCCGAUCGAUGUUGCUAAGAUAUGGGGAUGCCAUUGGCUAGAGACAUUGCUAUCACCAAAGUCCAGGAUGAUAAUACCCGCGUUUCCACCGUCAAGUUAUCUAUCAUUGCCUCUCACCAGCAUUCUAAACAUUGCUAGAAAGUAUGGUUUGCAGCUAUCACCUGCACUCUCCGAUGAUAGUGAUGAUAAUGAUGUUUGCGCCGUUUGCCUCGAAAGAUCUUGCAAUGUUGCUGCUGAAGGUUGUGGACAUGAGCUUUGUGUAAGAUGCGCGCUGAAUCUCUGUUCGACAAUCAAAGCAAAUGAGAUGUCUGAGGCAGCUGGUUCAAUUCCAUGCCCCCUGUGCCGCAGCGGAAUACUAUCUUUCAGAAAAUUGCCUACUCUUUCACCGAAAGAACAUGAAUCGAAUCUGCCUGUCAGACUUGGCAACAAGUGUUGUCUAAAUCCUUCUGAUCGCGCCUCAUCUGUAACUACCUGCAAAUCUGAAUUGUGUAAGAACCGUGUUGAAGCACUUCCCUCUGAAGCAAUCGACGCGCUCCCUUGCACUCCAUUCUCGUCUUCGGCCAUCCUUUCCUAAAGGAGAGAGUAAUUGAGAUGUACAUGUUAAGUGGAGGAGAGAUGUUGUUCUACCGCGCAAAUAAUUAUCGAGGACAAAAGGCGACACAAAUUGAACAUGAAAUGCUUUGGUAUCCGACAACUGGUGCGAGUUAUCUUAUUCGAAUUCGUUCUCGUCGCCGUAGAUUGGUUCCGUCUGCGUACUGCUAACUACAGUACAUAUGUUUCAGCAUGAAAGAUGGCUAUUUUGACAUAGGUAAAUAGUGGAAUUAGGUGAUUUUAGAACAAUCAUUGGUUUGUGAAGAUGUAGCAUAUAAUUCUUUUAGUGUGUCUUAUUAAAAAGCACAUUCUUUUAGCAUGAUUCAGAGUGUGGUUGUAAAAUAUAUUGUAAACAUAUUGUAAGCGCCUUGAAUAGAUGAUUGUUUGAAAAAAUUCUGAAGCACUUGAACUUUCAAUGUUGAAUGGAUUUGUGGUCAAGAAUUUCAA